AAAGUUAUCAUAUAAGUCCUAUUUUUUUUCACUCUUUCCUCUGGGAACGUAUCAUCAUGGUACUUGGAAAAAUUGUGGAUGCAAUCACUGGGAAAAAUGACAACGGAAAAAAGGUGAAAGGAACUAUUGUUUUGAUGAAGAAGAACGCAUUGGACUUUAAUGAUGUGAAUGCCUCUUUUCUUGAUGGAGUUCUUGAGUUCCUUGGCAAGAGGGUCUCUUUGCAGUUGAUCAGCUCUGUUCAUGCUGAUCCUGUAAAUGGUUUACAAGGGAAACGUAGCAAUCCAGCUUAUUUGGAGAACUGGCUCAGUACUCGAACCCCAUUAGUAGCAGGAGAAUCAGCCUUCGAUGUCACAUUUGAUUGGGACGAAGAUAUUGGAGUUCCAGGUGCAUUCAUCAUCAAGAAUUUGCAUUUCAAUGAGUUUUUCCUGAAGUCACUUACCCUUGAAGAUGUUCCCAAUCAUGGCAAGAUUCAUUUUGUCUGCAAUUCUUGGGUUUAUCCUUCUAAAAGAUACAAAUCAGACCGCAUUUUCUUUGCUAAUCAGGCGUAUCUUCCUGGGGAAACACCAGAACCAUUACGCAUAUACAGAGAAAAAGAGUUAGUGACCUUAAGAGGAGAUGGAACUGGCAAACUUGAGGAAUGGGACAGGGUUUAUGACUACGCUUUCUACAAUGACUUGGGAGAUCCAGAAAAGGGAAAACAGUAUGCAAGGACUAUCUUGGGAGGAUCUGCUGAGUACCCGUACCCUCGGAGAGGAAGAACAGGCAGAAAGCCAACAAAAGCAGAUCCUAACAGUGAAAGCAGGAUUCCACUACUUAAGAGUUUAGACAUCUAUGUACCAAGAGAUGAGCGUUUUGGACACAUUAAGUUGUCGGACUUCUUGACGUAUGCUCUGAAAUCCAUCGUCCAGUUCCUUAUCCCCGAGUUUCAGGCUCUCUUUGAUAGCACCCCUAAUGAGUUUGACAGCUUUGAGGAUGUACUGAGACUUUAUGAAGGAGGAAUCAAAUUGCCUCAAGGACCUUUUCUCAAAGCCCUCGUUGAUAGCAUUCCUCUAGAGAUUCUAAAAGAAAUCAUCCGAACUGAUGGUGAAGGAAAAUUCAAAUUCCCAACUCCUCAAGUUAUUCAAGAGGAUAAGAGUUCAUGGAGGACCGAUGAAGAAUUUGCAAGAGAAAUGUUGGCUGGAGUAAAUCCUGUCAUAAUCAGCAGACUCCAAGAAUUCCCUCCAAAAAGCGAGUUGGAUCCUGAAGUAUAUGGGAACCAAAACAGUACAAUAACCAAAGAGCAUAUAGAGAACAAGCUGGAUGGGCUAACAAUCGACGAUGCAAUCAAGACUAACAGGCUUUACAUACUGAACCACCAUGACAUCCUUAUGCCGUAUGUGAGGAGAAUAAACACGACAAACACAAAACUCUAUGCCUCAAGAACUCUGCUAUUCUUGCAAGAUAAUGGAACAAUGAAGCCAUUAGCAAUUGAACUAAGCUUGCCACAUCCAGAUGGAGAUGAACUUGGUGCUGUUAGCAAAGUCUAUACCCCCGCUGAUCGAGAUGUUGAGGGUUCGAUCUGGCAAUUGGCCAAAGCUUAUGUUGCAGUGAAUGACUCGGGUGUUCAUCAGCUAAUCAGUCACUGGUUGAAUACACAUGCAGCGAUUGAGCCAUUUGUGAUUGCAACAAACAGGCAACUAAGUGUGCUUCACCCGAUUCAUAAGCUUUUACAUCCACAUUUUCGUGACACGAUGAACAUAAAUGCUUUGGCAAGACAAAUCUUAAUCAAUGCUGGUGGAAUUCUUGAGAUGACAGUUUUUCCUUCCAAAUAUGCCAUGGAAAUGUCAGCUGUAGUGUACAAAAAUUGGGUUUUCCCUGAACAAGCACUUCCUGCUGAUCUUGUUAAGAGAGGAGUGGCAGUGGAGGACUCAAGUUCCCCACAUGGCGUUCGCUUACUGAUUCAGGAUUACCCAUAUGCCGUUGAUGGUUUAGAAAUAUGGUCAGCAAUCAAAAGUUGGGUAACAGAAUAUUGCAACUUCUAUUACAAAUCAGAUGAAUUAGUUGUGAAAGACAAUGAACUCCAAGCCUGGUGGAAGGAACUUCGGGAAGAAGGACAUGGUGACAAGAAAAAUGAACCUUGGUGGCCUAAAAUGGAAACGCGCCAAGAGCUAAUAGAUUCUUGCACCAUUAUUAUUUGGAUAGCAUCAGCACUUCAUGCAGCAGUCAAUUUCGGGCAAUAUCCUUAUGCAGGUUACCUCCCAAAUCGCCCAACAUUAAGUCGAAGAUUCAUGCCAGAGCCAGGAACUCCUGAGUAUGAAGAGCUCAAGACAAAUCCAGACAAGGCAUACUUGAAAACAAUCACUCCUCAACUGCAGACAUUACUAGGAAUUUCCCUCAUAGAGAUAUUGUCAAGGCAUCCAUCAGAUGAGAUUUACCUUGGACAGAGGGACUCAUCUGAAUGGACAAAGGACCAAGAACCACUUGCCGCUUUUGAGAGGUUUGGGAAGAAGUUGAACGAAAUCGAGCAUCAAAUUAUACAGAUGAAUGGUGAUGAGAAAUGGAAAAACAGGUCCGGCCCUGUUAAAGUUCCAUAUACAUUGCUCUUCCCAACAAGUGAAGCAGGUCUCACAGGCAAAGGAAUACCCAACAGUGUGUCAAUAUAGCGCUUUUAUUUCAAUUUACAGUCUCAAGUUUCUUUCCUUUUUUUUUAAGAAAA